GGCGCAGGGCUCGGUCGCGGCGGGUCGUGGCCCGCGGUGACGUCAGGCGUCCCGGUGCUGAGCUCGCCGCGGGAGGACCGCGCCGGCAGCACGGGAGCUCAGUGGAAUAGCACAGAAACUUCUUGAUCUUCACUCCUCCCUCUGGUGUCGAGGAGUCGGUACUGCAUCCUGGUGUGUUGUGAGGUUUUUCAAAAUUUUUUAGUUGGCGUGAUGCGCACUCCUGUAAUCCCUGCGCUGGCGAGGCAGAGGACCAAGAUUCACCCUCACGUUAUUUUGGUGACGUUUUGGCAAAAAUUACGAAGGAGAACAUCUGUAUUGUUAUUUGGAAUGGAUGAAUCAUCAGUGGGAAGAUUUGACUUGACUGACCACACACCUGCUGGAUUAGGGAGCACAGCCAUGACAGCUAGUCUCAUGGAUGUAGGAAAUUCAUGUGUUCCUACUAGUCCUUUAGUCAGUAGAUCUAAAAACCCAUCAGUGGAAGAUGAUGAUGAUGUUGUAUUUAUUGAAUCUAUACAACCUCCUUCAAAUUCUGCUCCAGCAAUAGCUGAUCAAAGAAACUUUGUACUUACAUCAUCAAAACAUGAAAAGCCACAAGGAAAUUGUUCCUUAAUUCUGCCUUUUUCAAGAGAUUUGGCUUCUCAAAAAGGAAGUAUGUGUGAGACGAUUGUUAUUGAUGAUGAGGACAUAGAAACAAAUGGAGGGGAGAAAAAAAAUUUGUCCAGUUUUACUGAGUGGGGACUUCCUGGAACUAAAAACAGUACCAAAGAUUUGGAUUUCUCCACAUCCAGUCGUUCAAGAAGUAAGACCAAGACUGGAGUAGGACCUUUUAAUCCUGGUAGAAUGAAUAUGGCAGGAGAUGUAUUUCAGAAUGAAGGAUUUACAACUCAGCAUAAUCCUGAUUCUUGGAUCUCCCAGUCAGCAUCAUUUCCCCGUAAUCAGAAACGGCCAGGGGUGGAUUCUCUCUCACCAGUGGCCUCACUUCCUAAACAGAUUUUCCAGCCUUCUGCCCAACAGCAGCCCACUAAACCAGCAAAAAUCACUUGCGCAAACUGCAAAAAUCCUUUACAGAAGGGACAAACAGCUUACCAGCGGAAAGGAUCAGCUCACCUCUUCUGUUCAACUACUUGCCUCUCUUCCUUUUCUCACAAACGUACUCGAAAGACACGAAAUGUAAUAUGUAAAAAAGCUGCAUCUACAAAGAAAGCUGCCGUUCUUCCUCCAGUGGCAUCAAGCAAAUCCUUUCAAGAACUUUCUAGUGCAUCUGUGUCUCUCUGUGAAGACAGUCAGCAUCUUAAAAAAGGAGUUUUUAAUAAGUCAAGAUGUAUAAUCUGUAGUAAACUCACAGAGGUUCGCCAUGAAGUCAGUGUUAAUAAUGUAACUCACAAGCUGUGCAGUAACCAUUGCUUUAAUAAGUACAGGUUGGUCAAUGGUCUAAAAAUGAACUGCUGUGAACAGUGUGGAGAAUACAUGCCUGAUAAAAAUAUGGGAAACAGUAUCCUGAUUGGAGGUCAGCGCAAGAGGUUUUGCUGCCAAAGUUGUAUUAAUGAAUAUAAACAGAUGAUGGAAAUAAAAUCAGAGACAUUAUCAGCAUCAGAAAAAAGGAAAAGGAUUGUAAUAGGAGAAGAAAAUGAAAGUAAACUAUACAGAUCAUUAAAUACAUGUUUAGAAAAAUUAGAGUAUGUACCAGAAAAAAAAGAAAAGACUUCAGAACAAGUUCCAGCAGAAUGUAGCCCAGACAGGUCACUGAACAAACAGAAUGUGAAUUUACCUUAUUCUGAGUCAGCCACAGCUGAUGAAUUUCAGGAGCAACUGGAAGACAAAAAAUCAGAAGACUCCUUUAAACCAGUUGUGCUUUCUGCAGAUCCAGGUACAUGGCCCCGAAUUUUGAACAUUAAGCAACGGAAUUCUCUUGUUGAGAAUGAUCCACCUCAAGUAAGAAAUUUUGACUUUCCAAAAGACAACACAGGGAGAAAGUUUUCAGAAACUUACUAUACACGAAUUCUUCCUAGUGGUGAAAAAAGCACUAGAUCCUGGUUACUUUAUUCAACCUGUAAAGAUUCUGUGUUUUGCCUAUAUUGCAAACUCUUUGGGGAAGGAAAAAAUCAACUGAAAAAUGAGAGUGGGUGCAGGGAUUGGCAGCAUUUAUCGCAUAUUCUUAGUAAACAUGAAGAGAGUGAGAUGCACCUCAACAAUAGUGUGAAAUACUCAAAAUUAAAAUCUGAUUUGAAAAAAAGUAAAACUGAUGAAGCUGCAGAACACAAAUUGUGUAAAGAUGAAAGAAAUGAGGCUGUUGUGUUGUGGUACACAUAAUGUACCCGAUCUGGUUUCUGGUAUUACUCAAGAAAAGAUCUGUCCCGUGAGUCAGGACCCUUCAGUGGUGAGCAGUAAUGAACGUAACAACAGUUCAUUAGCAAUAGGCGUAAUAGCAGAUAAGUAGUAAACAGUGCUCCUGUUCCAAACGUGAAACUAAUUGAAUUCAGUGGUCAUCCUGAAGCUUAGUAAAGGCAGUUUUAAUAUUCUUAAUUUGUCAGUGCUCACCUUUUUUACAAUUGGUGGUUGAGAACUGCUACUUGAGAAUUUUGAUUAAUACUCUGGUUGCUGUGAAGCAGAGGUGCCAGGUGUAAGAGCGCACUCCUGUAGUCCCAGUACUUGGGAGCAGGAGGCAGGAGGACUGCCGCGAGUUUGAGGCCAGCCUCAACUGCCUAGCAAAACCCUGUCUCAAAAGAGCAAGAAAAAAGCAAGCAAAAGAAGGAAAGACUUGCCUUUAUUAAUACCAGUUGAAUAAAAAACUUUCAUGAACA